AUGCAAGGACCGUCUAAAGAAGGACCGCAGGGGAGUAGGAUACAGGAGCAUACUCCCUUCCAUCAUCCACAAGGGAUCUACCCUGCCUUGCCCUCUCUACCGCCGCCACAUUCUUACGGGGAGACGGCCGUUGAGGCGCCUGUAGAGCAGCAGGAGUAUGCUUCAGUGGGGACAAGUUUUGAGGGGUCCGCAGGAGGCACGCAGGGUUGUGCUUGCCACGAGCAGCAAGGGGGAUACUUUGCCCUGCCCUCGCAGUCUCAACCGGACUUCGAGCGUUCGUAUGGGGAGGCGGAGACGGACUUUGAGGCGCCUCAACAGCAGCAGGAGCAUGGAGGCGCUCCAAUGGCAGCGCGCCACGUGGCGGAGCUGUCGCCGUCCCUGCACAGGAACCCAGAGGGAUGGGAUGAGGCGCUGAUGGGAUCUCUAGAGGCGGAUCCUCUAGAGCGUUCCUCUAGUAUGCCUCCACCUCCUGUCUCCUCCACCUCCGCUCCUUCCCCCCCCACACCCGCUUCCACCCACCCAUCCCAUUCCGGCCCUCCCUUGUCUCCUUCCCCCUCGGUUCCCGCGCUCUCCCCCGCCACCACCACUGCGCCAGCGCCAGCGCCCCUAACCCCGCCUCUGCGCUGCUGCCUCGCUGCCUCAUGCCCAACCCACAUGCACUCUCACUCCGCCCCUUCUCAUUCUGUUCGCUCUCAUUCUGCCCCUCCUGUUACACCUCCCUUCCAUGCGGCACACAAAACCUAUCUCAAGGCACAGCAGCAGCAGCACGUGUUGUGUCACAUUCCUUGUGCCUCACUUCCCAGUGUGGCCUAUCGUGCUAUCACCCCAGGGGACAUGGCAGAUCUCAAGGCACUCCAUGAAGCCACCUUCCCCAUCGCGUACCAGGCGCAGCACGAGUCAGAGUUAUAUUCUAAUGUCGGGCAUCACAGGGGCAUCAUCUCAUGGGGCACGGUGGACCCGUGCAAGUCGGACAGGCUCGUGGGGUUCAUCACUGCCCGCUUGGUCCCGCCAGCAGAGGCGCAGGUGGGUGCCUGGUGUGUAAGGGUUAGGGAUGGGGUGCAGCAUGGGGUGCAGCGUGGGGUGCAGCAUGGGGUGCAGCAUGGGGUGCAGCGUGGGGUGCAGCAUGGGGUGCAGCAUGGGGUGCAGCAUGGGGUGCAGCAUGGGGUGCAGCAUGGGGUGCAUGGCGUCCUGACAGGCUCGUGGGUUUCAUCACUGCCCGCCUCGUCCCGCCUGCAGAGGCGCAGGUGGGUGCAGCAUGGGGUGCAUGCCGGAACGGCUCGUGGGGUUCAUCACUGCGCGCCUGGUCCCACCAGCAGAGGCGCAGAUAGGGGCAUCAUCUCAUGGGGCGCCGUGGACCCGUGCAAGCCUGACCGGCUGGUGGGCUUCAUCACUGCGCUCCUGGUCCCACCAGCAGAGGCGCAGGUGCUCUGUGGCAGGAGGGGGGGAAGGGGGGGAGCUGGGAGGGAGGGUGGGGGUCGGAUGAUACAUGGGGGGGUGGACGUGCUGCCUCUCACUCCUCCCUCGCCCCUCCACACCCCAUCGCCUUCUCUCCUCUACAUUCUCACGCUCGGUGUUUCCAAGCCCUACCGCAAGGCUGGCGUGGGCAGCCAUUUCCCAUUGCUCUUUGAAAUUUCCAUCUGCUGUACUCUCGCCCUCUUCCGCCCUGCACUGCAUAGCCUUCUAUCCCCGCUCCCUAUGGCACCCCUCCGCUCCCCUUCCCUCCCACCAUCUGUCCUUCCUCUUCCUAGCUUCCUGCCCCCACAGCAACCCACCUGGUGUAUCUGCUGCUCUCACACGCCCCCUCCCUCACUCUCCUACUGCACCCGCCUCUCCUUCCCUCUCAGAAGCCUGCCUCACCCCUCCUAUCCCUCCCCUCUCACCACCUGCCCCUCCUCAUCCCGCCUCCCUGUCCCCGCAGCAUCCCACCUGGUGCAUCUGCUGCUGUCCCACGCCUCCCCCCUCUCGCACUGUGCGGCAGUCUACCUGCACGUGGUCGCAUGCAACGCACCCGCCAUCCGCUUCUACCGCUCACUGUGUUUCUGUUACCGCCGCCGCCUCUCCCGCUUCUACUACCUCAAGGGGGGGGAUUACGACGCGCUGCUAUUUGCGCGUUACGUCAACAGCUGGUUACCACCCGACUCCAGGUGUGUUUUUUUGGGCUGGGUUGGCUGA